AUCUCGGCGGCGACAGAUCCAAAUCGGCGAGUUAGAGUAGAACUCGAGACCUCACUUAUUCAGAAAUUGAGCUUGAAAUCCUGCGAUUUGAUUGGCGGUGCACCAUUCUCUCCCUCGUCUAUAUCAUCCUCUCCUCAUAAGGGUAGCAGUAAACACAGUUCUUCGCAAAUUCUCUCAUAUCUCACCAAGCUUUCCGGAGCGACGUCUGAUCCUAAAAUCUCGCGCAGAGGUGGAUGGCGGCGACCGUUUUUCCAAUUCCUCGCUUUCUUUCUUCUUGGGUUUCUGCUAGGUAUGACACCAUACGGACACAUGGAAGACGUGAACGGCGCCGAUCGGUUCUCCUUCGAGAUCAAACCGCCGAACUUUGAGCAACGGCUGGAAAACGGGAAACGGGAAGAGGUUUCGGUAGAUGGAGUAAGUUUCGUGGCGGAAGCCGAACUUGGGAAGAAGGAGAUGGUGAAGGAGGAUUUGGAUAUUGUGCCGAGGAAGCUCAUAAUUGUUGUCACACCAACGUACAAUCGAGCGAUGCAGGCGUAUUACUUGAACAGGGUUGCUCAGACGCUGAGGCUAGUGGAGCCGCCUGUACUGUGGAUAGUGGUGGAAGGCAAUGCAGCGUCGUUUGAGACCUCGGAGAUCCUGAGAAAGUCGGGAGUGAUGUACAGACACUUGGUUUGCAAGAGGAACAUGACGAGUAUCAAGGACAGAGGCGUUCACCAGAGAAACACUGCAUUGGAACAUAUCGAGUUGCACAAGCUCGAUGGAAUUGUCUACUUCGCUGAUGAUGACAAUAUCUACUCGCUUGAGCUGUUUCAAAGCUUAAGAACAAUCAGCCGAUUUGGAACUUGGCCUGUUGCGAUGCUCGCGCCAAGCAAAAACAAGGCCAUUCUUGAAGGUCCAGUUUGCAACGGAAGUCAAGUAAUCGGAUGGCACACUAACGAAAAGAGUAAAAGACUACGGAGAUUCCAUGUCGAUAUGUCAGGAUUCGCUUUCAACAGCACUAUACUCUGGGACCCUAAAAGGUGGCGACGUCCCUUUCCACAUCCAACCCGCCAACUAGACACUGUGAAGGAAGGUUUCCAAGAGACAACAUUUAUAGAGCAGGUGGUGGCAGAUGAAAGCGAGAUGGAAGGUGUUCCACCGUUUUGCUCGAGGAUACUGAACUGGCAUCUUCACUUGGAUGCCCGGGAUGUCCCUUACCCACAAGGGUGGCUGAUCCCGAACAAUCUCGAAGCUCUCAUGACUGUGAAUUAG